AUGCUUUGGAUAUUUAUCUGUCUACUUUCACUUUUAUAUUCUAUUAAUUCGCAAAAUACGAAUCCACCAGGACAUCAUUGGGAUUAUGAACGAGAAGGGCCUGAUGCAUGGCAUCAUUUAUUUGAUACAUGCGAAGGUGAAGCUCAAUCUCCCAUAGAUAUUCGAACAUCUCAUAUAAAAUAUGAUUCAAGUCUUACUCCACUUUUACUCAAUGGCUACACAUCUAAUAUGUCUUUAUUAGUAUGGAAUUUUACGCAUAAUGGACAUACAAUUAUUGCUUAUCCACCACCAUUGGCACGUUUAUCGAUGAGUGGAGGUGGUCUAUCAGAGGUUUUUUAUUUGGUUCAAUUUCAUUUUCAUUGGGGUUAUAAUGAAUUUCAAGGUUCUGAACAUACAAUCAAUGGACGAAAAUAUCCUCUUGAAGUACAUUUUGUACAUCGUGCACCGUUUACAGGAACGUACGCUGUCCUUGGUAUUCUAUUCGAUCGCCAACGUGAUGAUAAUCCAUAUUUAACUAGUUUAUUAUCAGCUCUCAAUCGUACUGUCAAUACGUCAAUAGCUAUUGAACAACAAAUUGAUUUAUCUCGUCUUCUUCCAACAUCACCAUCACCUCGUUUCUAUCGUUAUAAUGGCUCAUUAACUACUCCACCGUGUACAGAAGGUGUUAUUUGGACAAUACUGACACGAACUGUACCUAUUUCAUCAUAUCAACUUCGUGCAUUAACUAAUAAUAUAAUUCCGUUCAAUUAUCGACCUCCUCAAAAAUUACAUUCACGUAAAGUUCUUGCAAAUUUUCGACCAGAACCUCACGAAGGUGGUGAAGAAGAAGAAACUGAAGGUGCACGUCACUCUUCUGCAUCUUCUAAUCGUAUCAAAAUAAUAAUAUUGAUUGUUUUAUGGUUUGUUUCUAUUCUAUCCAUUCUUCAAUAA